UAUCACAAAACAUACCUUUUUGCGCGAUAAAAAUGCCCUUCCCAUUGUAACCGUGAGCUGCAUAGUAUAUAAAUUAGGAAGGCAUCAUCACAAGGCGUGAAAGAUCGGCGACACACCGACACAGACGAGGAGGCCUUGAAUGACACAGGGAUACAGCAGACCAACAUUUGAUCAUAGAGACAUGAGAGUACAGGGUCGGAUACGUUGGACAGUGUUGAUGUUGAUGUUGUGCACCGGGGCUGAUGUUGUGGCCGUCACGUAUGAAGACAAUGGAUACGAUCUACUGGUGGCCAUCAACAGAAAUGUUGCCCAGGAGCCUCGCAUGAUCACAGAGCUACAGAGUAUGUUUACCUCUGCCUCGGACUACCUGUACACUACAACCCGGAAGUACACCUACAUACGAAAUGUGACCAUCUUAGUACCAGACACGUGGACCAGAGAUCCAGCUUGGGAGCUGGAAGGGGAGAUAACCUUUACUGAUGCAGAUGUCAGAGUGGAUUCGCCCCAUCCUGUACAGGGCAAUACUCCCUACACGUUCCAACCCGGGCAGUGUGGGGACCCGGGACGCUACAUCCUUCUGACGUCCGACUUUGUGCUGGACAAAGACAACGACCGCGACAUCAACUACGGGGAUGCAGGCCGUGUUCUGGUGCACGAGUUCGCCCAUCUUAGGUUUGGUGUGUUCGACGAGUACGGCAUCCGUCAAAGCAGCCAGCAUCCAGUCUAUUAUGUUGAAGACUCUGAACUGUAUCUACGUCCCACUGCCUGCUCCACCGACAUCAAAGGUGACUUCAUCAAUGAAGUUAAAGACUCGGCUUGCGAACCUAUGGACAAUACGGAGGUGUUGAAUAAGGACUGUGUCUUUCUCCCAAGCGCCUACAACAACAAGGCAACGUCAUCUGUCAUGUAUGCCCAGUUCUUGAAGGAGGUGGUUCACUUCUGUGAAAGUAACCCUGACAGUGGUAGGAUGGACUUGAAACAUAACCCUAAUGCUCCAAACAGGCAGAACAAAAUGUGCAAGGAAAAGGGAACGUGGGACAUCAUCAAGGAACACCCAGACAUACAGGGGCGUAACCCUGCUGACAUUGGGGACCGACCCCCACGUGCGCAGUUCAAAGUUGUCUACCGCCAGAGACAGACAGUCGGCAACACAACCAUCUGUGGACGUAGAAUUGUUCUUGUCCUAGAUCUCUCGGGGUCGAUGAGAGAGAAUUCCAGACACUUCAGACUGAGUCAAAUGGCUGACCAAAUCAUCAGGGAUAUUCUACCUGUGGGUACAGAAGUGGGGAUCGUGGUGUUCGCCAGUUACGCCAGAGUCUUGGCCAACAUGCGAGUCAUCGCAUCUCCAGCAGACAGAGAGGAGCUGGCCCUGAAGUUGCCAAACCUGAGGGACUACGGUGGUAACACAGCUAUUGGAUUAGGUCUUAAAGAGGCCAUUAAGUUGCUAAAAGCAAAUGGGAAAUCGGCAGAGAAUGGACGAAUAUUCCUCAUCACUGACGGAGAGGAAACUCUAAGCCCGUAUGUGAAUACAAUUUUUUCCGAAAUUGUGAGCUCGAAGGUUGUGAUUCAUACAAUGGCCUACAGUGAUGCUGCCGCCAAAGUCCUACAGCGACUAUCAACAACGACAGGAGGCCAGUAUUCCUUCUUUGACGAGAGUUCCACUUCGACAGCCCUUGAGGGAGCAGCGGAGAGGCUGCUGAAAGACGUCAGUCUCUGUGAAGAGGACGACGACGACAUAGAGAUUGAUCGCCGUGCCAUAGUCCUGACGUCAACACAGACGACAUUCAACAGAGAGGUUCUGAUUGACUCCACCGUCGGUAACAACACACGUUUCAUCUUUACGUUGUCGCAUGGUGCGGGAACAGAGAUCAGUAUUGAAGAUCCAGAUGAGGCCGUUUACAAUUCGGAUUCAUCUGAAUACAACAAGGAUGAGGCACUAAACAUUAGGAGAUUCCUUUUCCCAUUAACCAAGACGGGGACAUGGAAGUAUACAUUGAAACGCAUCUCUAACAUGGUCGAGAGCAUAACGGCCGUGGUGACGUCGCACCCACGGGUUGGCUCCCCACCCUUCGAGGUGGAGACGUGGACCAGCUCAAAGACGUUCAACUUUUCCGGAGAUGGUAAUGGAGUCGUCGUUUACACCUAUGUGCACCAGGGGUAUGCUCCAAUCAUCAAUGCCUCUGUGGAGGUCGAGGUAUCCAGAUCGAGUGAAACAUUGAAUAUUACUCUCAAGGAUAAAGGCAUACUCCCCGACAACACAGCCGACGACGGUGUAUACAGCAACUACCUGCUCGGCUUCAAGUCCAACUCCCGUUAUUCCAUGAAGGUGACGGUAGAGUCGGUGGAAGGACAGACUGUCAUCAUCAAGUCUGGAACCGCCCUGUCUGGCAGAACACUCUCUGUUUACCAGAAUACGACACCACCAGUGAGGUAUGAAAGGGUAGAAGCUUUCAGCAGAACAGCUUCUCCAGAUGCCAUAGAUAUAUCUGGGUAUAAUGAAACGGUUGACCAGCUGGAUCCAGGUCGAGUCACUGACCUUGACAUUGCUAUACACAACAAACUCAAUCAGACCGUGACCUUGUCUUGGACUGCACCAGGGGAUGACCUGAAUGUCGGAACGGUUUCAAAAUAUGAGUUGAGGGUUGCAGUGACGUUUGGAAGUCUCAGAGAAAACUUCACACAAGCUUCGAAGGUCAAGGACGAAGACUUAGUAACUGGAAGUAUGGACCCACUUCCGGCAGGCUCGCAGCAAAUGGUCACGGUCCGCCUACCGAGCAACUGGUCAAGUGAUUUCUAUGUUUAUGGCCUAAAAGCAUCCGACGAAGCCAGUCGCCAAUCAGAGUUGUCGAACCUGCGUUCCAUCACCUUGCGGUCUCUUACCAUUCCCCAACGUAAGCCUGCGCCUGUGUCACCUGGUAGUGCUACCAACUUCUUGAUAUGGGUCGGAGUGGGCCUUGGAGUGGCCGUCGCUGUUGCAGUUGCAUUGGUCGUCGUAGUGAUCUGUAUUUACAAACGCAAAAUGAAAACUAAGGGAAAUCCCAUAUAAGGCUUUUUUUUAUCCAAGGCGAUGAACUUUCAACAUAAGUUCAUGACCGCUAAAUGACCCGUAAUUCAUCGCAUCCUGUAAGCCAGGUUUAUAUUACACACUGGCCUUUUAAAGACCUUAUACUUUUCCGUAUAGAUAUAUUUUGUUUUAUUUGUUUUGUUUUUAUUAUUAUGCAACAUUCUUCAUCUGAAACGUGACAAGGUAGAAGAGGGAAGAUCAGUCAGUUAACUUGGGGGCGGAGUUAUUGACCAUCUCGUGGAAGGUAAGGCCUACACGUACUUAUGGAUGCAGAUUGGGGACAAACCUCAUAAUGCCCAUAUCAAGCGCAAACUUCGGGCAGACAUAAGAAAAUCUGGAGUUCAGAGCUGAACGCUCGCAAUGAAGUUAAAGCCACAAAUACUAAAGCUGUGCCCGUCCUUUCAUAUUCUUUUGGUGUUGUUGAUAUGACGAAACAAGAAAUUCAAUACAAAGGUAUUGACGCCCUCACACGCAGAAUCAUGUCAGACAAUAGAUCCCAUCACCCUCGCUCUUCCCUCAAUCGCUUAUAUUUACCAAUCAUAACGUUGGGGCUCUUCGUAAUAGAAUUAUUUUGUGCACUUUUGCACACAUUUAUUUGUCUGAUGAUCCUCUUGUGAAGCAUGUCAAGACUCAUGAUGAAAACGAGGCAUUCCAAAGUUUUCUUAAAUGAUCCAAGGAUAUGGGACAUGAUCUCAAUGUCAAUGUUGAUUUGUACUUCUGGACGGAACAGAAAUGGGUGUAUAUGAACGACCACUGAAUCGAGUUUAUGUGCAGUGUGUUGAGGGGAGUCCUUCGUUUGGAUGAAGUCGUCUGGCCUGAAAAAGAGAGUCAGAAGACUUUCUGUUUGCUGUUUAAGACCAGUCACGUCCCACUUUAAACCGUCAAUGUGUGAUUUUGACUAAAAUGUAAAUAUUAAAUAUAGAUUAGGCAAUAAAUUUAAGGAGACUGUCCGACACAUUGUCAGUGGAUACCCAGUUUUGGCACAAACACAAUAUCUUACGCCACAUGAUGUAGUGGCUCGAUCGUUUUAUUACCGUCUUCGCCAUGCUUGUGGUUUUGACACAGAGGUCCAUCCAUGCUACGACCCAAAAUAUGUACAGGGCGUCAUGAAAAAUGAUUAAUAUGAAAUUCUUUGAAAUAGGCCCGUAUACAGCCUCAGACCUAUCCAGGCCAACAAACCUGAUCUUGUCGUCUUUGAUAAAUCCAAUGAAACCUUUUGUAUUAUUGACCUUUUUGUUCCUUUUGACACUAAUGUGAUUGACAAGAUUCAGGGAAAACAUGGCAAGUAUGCGGACCUUGCUUACGAAAUGUCACGCGUGAAUCCCAAGUACCAAGUUGUCAGACUCCCCAUUGUUCUCGGUGCCUUAGGUUUGGUACCUCCCAAUCUGUCGACUGACAUUGGGAGAGUACCCGGGAUUUCUGCCAGGAAUACAGCCCUUCUGACAAUCUAGGUAAUGUAGAAGGCCGCAGUGUUGGGGAGACUUCACAUUCUCUAAAAUGUUCUGGGUGGAUUCGACUUGGCAGAAGUCCCAUUCGCUGUCUGGGCUGAUUGUAGUUGAGUUAAUCAUAACUCGCUCACUCCUACACGACAAUUGUUAUAUGUUCACCGAAGUAAGCUGAAACAAAAUUCCGCAACGUCCUCUUUAGAUUUAAUGAGUGAGUUGGUUUUUACGCCGUUUUUGGAAAUAUUCAAGCAAUACUUCGGCGGGGAAAACCAGAAAUUGGUUUACACAUAGUCCUUAUUCUGCUUGUCGAGAGAACGCUUUUACCACAAGACUCUAGAUUUAGGCCAGCGUUUAUCUCCAUUCUACCGUGGUAAGAUUGAAAGCGAACUCUUUGAUGUUAGCGAAGUCAUUGGGUGAAGCGGCAUAGGUUGAGACCAGUGUUUGGAGUGGGUCGUCGAUCAAAAUUCACCUAGCACCGAUAAUAACCUUAAAAAUAGAACGUCGACGCCAGACAAUAACUAGUCUCGAUUAUCAGAUGGAACAAAUUCUAUUGGCCAUAACGACAAAAGGGCGGUGACAAGUAUAAUCCAUUCAGUAAUGGUUUCAUCAUAAGGUUAGUACCACUUAUCUAUGCUGAAUCAACUAUAAAAGAAAUGUUUGUGCCGAGACAUUAAAACUGUCCCCAAAUGUGUUGCAAAACGAAUAUAUUUCCUAAAUGUUUUUCUUUAUUUAUCAGCAGCAUAAUCUCUGCACUUGUAUACACAGCAGAUGUAAUUCAAAAUUAACAUAAUGUAUGUAUUAGUUUCAAUAAAAUCAGAAAACUUUAUAAUUAUGCA